AAAACUGAACUGAUAUCAAUUAUACUCUCAAGAGCUAAGCCAGCCUCGUCUGAGGGGGCGGAAAGAUCAACAUCAGAGAAAAGAAUUCCUAAAUUGGAGGAAUUCUUAGAGAAACGAGAUUAUACCGGAGCUUUAACACUACUGGAAUUCAACAGAACAUCUGAGAGCAAUUUAAACUCUGAACUAUGGCUGGGCUACUGUGCUUUUCACCUAGGGGACUACAAACGUGCAACUACGAUCUACGAAAAUUUGAGAAAGAAAGAUCAGACAUCAGUGGAUCUGUCAACAAACUUAGCUUGUUGUUAUUUCUACCUUGGGAUGUAUCCUGAGUCGCAGAAAAUGUUGGAGGAUGCUCCAGACAGCAAACUGAGGAAUAGACUGUUGUUUCACUUAGCACACAAAAUGGGUAAUGAAGCAAAAUUGACAGAGUACAAUCAUAUGCUACAGGAUAUCAUAGAGGAUCAGCUUAGUCUGGCAUCUAUUCAUUACCUUAGAGCUCAUUACCAAGAAGCCAUUGACGUUUAUAAAAAGAUUCUGCUGGAAAACAGGGAGUAUUUUGCAUUGAAUGUAUACGUUGCUUUGUGCUACUAUAAAUUGGAUUACUAUGACGUAGCUCAAGAAGUUCUUCAAGUGUACCUGCAAAAGUACACUGACAGUGCAAUUGCAAUUAAUCUGAAAGCGUGUAAUCACUUUCGUAUGUACAACGGAACUGCUGCACAGAACGAAAUGAAACAGUUGAUAGAAAAAAUGUCCAACUCCUUCAGUUUCAGUCAUGAUCUUAUACGUCACAAUACAGUUGUAUUCAAAGGUGGAGAAGGUGCAUUACAAAUUUUGCCGAACUUGGUGGAUGUCAUACCAGAGGCUCGACUCAAUUUAGUGAUUUACUACUUGAAGCAGGACGAUGUUCGAGAGGCUUUCGAAUUAAUAAAAGACCUUGAACCAGCAGUUCCACAGGAGUACAUCUUAAAAGGGAUUGUUAACGCGGUGAUGGGACAAGAAACUAAUUCUCGAGAUAACAUAAAAACAGCUCAGCAAUAUUUCCAACUAGUAGGUUCUUCAGCUUCAGAAUGUGACACCAUACCUGGCAGACAGUGUAUGGCAUCUAGUUCCUUCUUGUAUCGCCAAUUCGAAGAAGUCCUGAUGUAUCUGAACUCGAUCAAAACAUACUUUUCUAACGAAGAUAAUUUUAACUUUAAUUAUGCUCAGGCUCAAGCGGCGGCUGGUUACUUUAAAGAGGCAGAGGAAGCUUUUUUGACUAUAAGAAAUGAAAAAUAUAAGAAUGAUUAUAUUUACGUCAGUCUUCUGGCUCAUUGCUACAUAAUGAACAAGAAACCUCAGCUGGCCUGGAAUUUGUACCUAAGAAUGGACACGUCUACAGAGUCGUUUAAUUUGCUGCAACUAAUAGCGAACGACUGUUACAAAGUCGGCGAGUUUUGGUAUGCAGCGAAGGCCUUCGACAUGUUAGAACGAAUGGAUCCUAGUCCCGAGAACUGGGAAGGGAAACGCGGUGCUUGCUGCGGUACAUUUCAGUACAUUGUAGCUGAAAGGCAGCCCAAAGAACUACUGCCCGAAGUUAUACAGCUACUGAAAAACACUUCUAACUCACAAGUGGAGCAAAUUAUUCGAGUGAUGCGCAAAUGGGGCAAAGAUAGCCGGAUCAAUUGCUGA